AUGAGCGGUUCCACCAAAUCCAGAAACUUCCGCCGUCGAGGCGACGAUGACGAUGAGAAUACCGAUACCAACACUGAUAGCAACGCCAAAGCCACCCCUUCCACUGCCCGCAAGCCACCACCCCAAUCUACAAAGCCAAAGAACCUCCUAAGCUUCGAAGAUGACGAAGAAGAAGAUCAAGAACAAGCUGUCAACCGCAUCACCUCCUCCUCCAAGCCCAAAUCCAAACCCAAAUCAAAACCAAAACCAAAAGCAAACUUCUCUUCUUCUCACAAAUUGACCUCGUCCCAAGACAGACUACCUCCAACAACCUCCUACUUAACAACAGCAUCCAAUGUCCAACCCCAAGCUGGUGUUUAUACUAAGGAAGCCCUUCUUGAACUCCAGAGAAACACUCGAACCCUAGCUAAAUCCACCAACACGUCCACCACCUCCACCACCGCUGCCUCUUCCUCUGAACCUAAAAUAAUCCUCAAAGGUCUCCUUAAACCCUCCGCUAACCCUAACCCUAACUCUACUUAUUCUUCUAAUAACAAACAGCAUUUAGGAGAUGACGCCGCCGCCGCCGACGAUUCAGAGGAUGAGAACGAGGAUAAAGAUAACGGCGAUGAUGCUGAUGAUGCACAGAAUCGAUUAGCUUCUAUGGGACUGGGGAAAUCCACCUCCAAUGAUUAUUCCCUCUUUCCUGACGAGGAUACUAUUAAGAAGAUUAGGGCUAAGAGAGAGCGGUUGAGGCAAUCAAGGGCUGCCGCUCCUGAUUAUAUAUCCUUGGACUCUGGGAGUAAUCAACAGGGUGCCUUCAGCGAUGAGGAGCCUGAGUUCAGGACCAGGAUUGCCAUGAUUGGCACCAUGAACAAGGACACUGCUACUCAUGGAGGAGUUUUUGAUGCUGCUGCUGAUGGCGAUGAUGGCGAUGACGAUGACGAUCGUGCUAUCAAGGCCAAAGCAUUAGCUAUGAUGGGAAAUCAUCAUCAUGGUGUUGUGGAUGAUGGCAAUGUUACUGCUGCCACUGCAGCUAUUAUUGAUGAAGAGGAGGAUGAGGAGGACAGGAUUUGGGAGGAAGAACAAUUUAGGAAGGGAUUGGGAAAGAGAAUGGAUGAUGCUUCUACUCCUAUUGCGAAUAGGACUCUUACUAGUACUAGUAGUAGUACUUGUGCUGCUACAUCUCAGCCUCAACAGAGACCUACGUCAGCGUAUGGUUCCAUUCCGGGCAUUGGAGGGGCAUUCAGACCUUCUCAGAGUUUGGAUGUCUUGUCUAUUCCACAACAAGCUGAGAUUGCUAAUAAAGCUUUGCAAGACAAUCUUAGGAGGCUUAAGGUUAUGUGCUUUCCAAUUUCAAAUUUUCCUAACAUGAUGGUAGAAUAG